CCGUAGCGACGUUUGUUGGGGGAGUUUAGCGGAGGGAGCAAAAUGGCGGACGAAGAUAUUACGCUUGAUGGAAAACCUCUACAUUCGCUCCGAGUUGCGGAUUUGAAAGCUGCCCUGGAGCAAAGGAACCUCCCGAAAAGCGGGCAGAAAAACACACUUAUUAAGCGACUGAAAGGGGCUCUGAUGCUGGAGAACCUCCAGAAGUCAUCCUCUACUCAGAGUGUUCUGCAGCCAAACUCUCAGAUAGGUGAAGAGAUGUGCCAGAACAGCUUCAUAAAGCAGUACCUGGCCAAGCAGCAGGAGCUCCUCCGUCAGAGACUGGAGAGGGAGGCCCAGAAGGAAGACGAUGAUGAUGAAAGCCCAGCUGGACCAGAGGAGGAUGAUGACCAUUCUGAAGAUAAUGACAGCUCAGCCUAUGUUGCAGAUAAACAUCGAACUUCACUGUCCCAGUCCUCAGCACCUGAUUUUGGAGGAGGAGGAGACCACCACCACCAGGAGUCUCUUGAAACUCCACGAGUCAGAGUGGAGCAGGGACACAGGGAGCCACCAGCCCCCUCCCCUCCUCGUGCCGUUGCCUCCCUGUCAGUGCGUGUCGUAGGACAGCCCGACCACCAGGGGUUUCCCUCCACUGUGCCCCGCCGUCAGGACAAGGAGCCUGCUGGACUCAGUCAACCUGGACCAGCUCACUCUGUCCUCAACCUCAGCCGUUCUGCUAAGAGCUCAGCAGGAAACCACGUCCAGGACGACAGUGAUGACGAUGACGAUAGCGAGGAUGAGGACUGGGGACCAGGCCCGGGCAGAGCAGGACCCCAAAAGAAAACUCCUCCCRCGCUGCCGCCGGCGGCCCCCAGUGUGUCAUCAGCUGCCGCAAGAUCCAAACGCAAGCUUCAGCCGCCGCAGCACAUCCUGCCGCCGCAGGUAGACCCCAUCCCUAUGCAGCUGCGCCACCCCACGCCUCCUCCCUCUCCACCCCCAAACCUGUUCCCUCUGCCCGACACCCCCAAGCAAAGUCCACCGGACGACCAGGAACGCCACGGCCUCCAAGAUGCGCAGGCGGCAUCUUUCCAACCCUCCCUGAUGCAGAGACAAGACUCCGAUUCCAGCUCGCGUUCGAGCAGCCCCGAACCGCCUGCCAAGCGCAGACCCGGACCCCUCUCUCUGCUCGUACACAAGAUGGAGACCGAGGAGGCUUCUUCARCUUGCAGCACGUCAGGAGAGAAGGCACACUCUACGUCUGGGUGCUCCGGUGAAUCUCCACCACCGCACGGGUCAGAAACAGAGAGAACGAUGAAGGAGAGGAAGGAGAGAGAGCAACAGCAAGAGAUGGAGAGAGAAAGAAGGAAAGCUCAAGAGCAGGAAGAGGAGAAGAAACGCUCAGAGGAAGAGGAAAAGGAGAGAAUUCGACUGGAAGAGGAGAGGAAACGGCGUCAGAAAGCAGAGCGGGAGAAGGAAAUAAAACGCUCUGAGCAGGAAAAAGAUCUGAAACAUAAAGAAGAGGUAAAGAGAAGAGAGGAGCAAAGGGUAAAGGAAGAARAAGAGAAGAAGCAGAUGAAAGCCAAUCAAGACAAAAUGGUGGCCGAAACUCAAGACUCAGGCUCCUCUUCAGAUUCUGAUUCCAAAUCAGACUCCUCAUCUCACUCAUCAUCUUCUUCCUCUUCCUCGUCUAGAGAUAAAAUUCAAACAGCUGUUACGCACAAGAAGGCAGACCAAAAACAAGAUGGAGAGGAUGAGAAAAAGCCUAACUUGGGUAAAGGGUUGGAGAAACAAAACCUUUCAAAAAG